GGGACCGGGCCUGAGAGCCCGGCGGCCGCGAACCUAGCCGCCGCGCUGGGGCCGCCGAGAUUGAGUGCCCGGGAUGAGCCUCACCCGGAAAAAGGGUUUCUACAAGCAGGACGUCAACAAGACCGCCUGGGAGCUGCCCAAGCCCUAUGUGUCCCUGGCGCACGUAGGCAGCGGGGCCUAUGGCGCCGUGUGCUCCGCCAUCGACAAGCGGUCAGGGGAGAAGGUAGCCAUCAAGAAGCUGAGCCGGCCCUUCCAGUCUGAAAUCUUUGCCAAGCGAGCCUAUCGGGAGCUGCUGCUGCUGAAACACAUGCAGCAUGAGAAUGUCAUCGGGCUCCUGGACGUCUUCACCCCAGCCACCUCCCUGCGCAACUUCCAUGACUUCUACCUGGUGAUGCCCUUCAUGCAGACGGACCUGCAGAAGAUCAUGGGGAUGGAGUUCAGUGAGGAAAAAAUCCAGUACCUGGUGUAUCAGAUGCUUAAGGGUCUUAAGUACAUCCACUCAGCUGGGGUCAUCCACAGGGACCUGAAACCAGGCAACCUUGCUGUGAAUGAGGACUGUGAGCUGAAGAUCUUGGAUUUUGGGCUCGCACGGCCUGCUGACACAGAGAUGACCGGCUACGUGGUGACCCGCUGGUACCGGGCCCCUGAGGUGAUCCUCAGCUGGAUGCACUACAACCAGACGGUGGACAUCUGGUCUGUGGGCUGUAUCAUGGCAGAGAUGCUGACCGGGAAAACUCUGUUCAAGGGAAAAGAUUACCUGGACCAGCUGACCCAGAUCCUGAAAGUUACCGGUGUCCCGGGUGCGGAAUUUGUGCAGAAGUUGAACGACAAAGCGGCCAAGGCCUACAUCCAAGCCCUGCCUCAGAGCCCCAAGAAGGAUUUCUCUCAGCUCUUCCCGCACGCCAGCCCGCAGGCCACAGACCUGCUGGACAAGUUGCUGGAGCUGGAUGUGGACAAGCGCCUGACAGCCUCGCAGGCCCUCACCCACCCCUUCUUUGAUCCCUUCCGGGACCCUGAGGAGGAGACAGAGGCCCAGCAGCCCUUCGAUGACUCCUUAGAGCAUGAGAAACUCACAGUGGAUGAAUGGAAGCAACACAUCUACAAGGAGAUUGUGAACUUCAGCCCCAUUGCCCGGAAGGAUUCACGGCGCCGGAGCGGCAUGAGGCUACAGUGACCUGUCCAGCCCGACCACUGACUGAGCCAGGGACUACCACGUGCCGUCACCGGCCACACGCUGCCUGUAGGACCCAUAUUUAUUUGUCGUUACUGAGGUUUCAACUCUUCUUGGAUUAUCGUCUUUCAAGCAAAGACAGAAGGGCCCUUGUCCUUGUGUAGGAAACAGGCCUAGCGGAUGCAGAAUUCAAAGAUAUUGGUCUGGAGAAAAUAGCUGUGAUCAUAACUCACCACAUUAAA